AUGAAACAUUUCAAUUUAUUCUACAUUCUUGGUGUGAUCAAUUUUCGUUACGAUGCAACGACGGCCACAUUUACUUGCCGCGAAGUGUCCACAAUACGGAAACUGUGCGUUCACCUGAUUUUGCCCAACGGUGUGCUGCUGUACAUAGUGCUGAUUGGCAAAAGCAAUAUUUUACUAAGCAUUUCCUCUGUGCAGGGUGUGGUGUUUUACGGUCGAAUCAUGACAACGGUUGCCACGAUGAAUAUUGGCUUGCUUCUAAAUUACUUGCAUUCCAGUGCGACGCAGGUGAAAUUGCUAAACGAUUGCCUUGCAUCGAUUAAGAACUCGGAACGAUACAUGCUACGACGAAAGAUAUCCCCAUUUUAUGGCUCGAUCAUCGUACUGGUUCUGUUUACGUCGCAUUAUACCAACUACGAGCUUAACCAGUACACCUACGUGGAGUUGUACGCCGAAGAGUUACCUGAGCUAACGUUUUACGUGGUGUUCUACUUCACUGAGAUGGUAACCGUAAUGACGGCGCUUUACUACGCCUGCGUACUGGCCGUCAUUCGUCGUUCGGUUCAGCUGGACUGUGAAGAUCUUGAAACAAGUCGCAGGGAUUGUUCGCGCUGUUGCUCUCCGGUCAAUACCCAUCGCCAUUGCUGGCGUACGAACGAAUGCUACUUUAACCGAGUGCACUGCUUGAUCGAGCGCAAGCGUGCCUUUUGCUGUGCGUUUGAACUUCAGCUGCUCGUGAUCACGUUGAACACGUUUCUGGUGUCGUUUUCUAUUUUUUACGUCAAUUUAAACAAAGUCCUUCUCUCAACGCACGACGAUUGGCUUCAAAUCUACUGUCGAGUGACGGAGUCAAUGGGGUUCUUUUCACUGCUAGGGGCUCUGCUGCUGAUUUGUUAUCAUACCUCGAACCUGCACGAGGAGUACGUCAUGGAUGCCGUUAACUACAAGAAUUUGAUGAUGAAAGGCAUGGAAUCGAUCGCUCCGUUGGGUCUUUUCAACCUGGAUAUGAACUUUUAUUUCAGUACGUUGGCAGCCAUUGUAACCUAUUUGGUGAUUCUGAUGCAGUUUCGCGAAUUUGAAUACAGUCAAAGUGAAAUGCACUGA